AUGAAGGCCAACAAAGCAACCCUCACGGGCGACUGGAAGGAGGAGAGCACGGUGUUUGCCGACGUGGAACCCAUGGAGCUACAAGGCUCAUCCGUUCGGGUGUACGACUGCGCUGGACAGGUGACAAGUGUUGCUCAUGCCGAAGCGUUUAUGAUCGGUGCUUAAAGGAGGUGUUGCGUGACCGUCGCCCAGGAUCGUUCGCUGUCCGCCUUGGAUGCGAGUGAUGCUGUAGCGACUACGUGGAGGAAGGAUUGCCAGAAAAAGCGAAAUCCUGCACUCAAUAUCUCCAAACGCCUUUCAGCUUGUCCUGCCCAUUACGAGUUGUUUCACGCGACACCGAAAAAGUUCAAGUACCUGGACCGUUUUAAACGGACCGACUUUUUUGUCAAAAUUUUCGACAUUUGUCUUUCAAAAACUUGUAACCUGUAUGCAGUCAUUUUAAACGUGUGACGUGGACUUGUGCAACUUGUGUCAAAAAAAAUGACGCCGUCCGUGAGUUGUAGCGCUCACUUCGAGACAACACACACGACACAACACAAACCGCGGAAAACACGACAUCAUGGACACCGACAUGGAUAUCACGGACACCCAGCGUGGCCGGCAGACCAAAACCCCGGCGAAAUUCCAGCAGACGGGCUCUCUCGGUGCCGCCGUAGGCGGUGGAGGCUUGCUCUCCAGCAAGAUAGUGCUGCUGCCUGGCAUCUCGGGGAACACUCAUGUUACCACGGGAGGCGCUGCCGCCACCAACACUCAGAGCGAGGGUGGAGCAGGCCGCCGGCGAGGGGUGGCAACCACUGCUCCUACCCCCCCGGGAAAAGGAAAAAACAAAGCGGCGGACGCGAAGCAACAACUGCAAGCCAUCAUGGCGGACCGCCGUUUUUCGGACGACACAGCAACAGCAGACAGCAUCGUCAACGUUGGCAACAGCGACGAUAGCAAUAGCGACAGCGACAGAUGACUCACACACAACCCUAGCU